GACCGAGAGUGAAUGAAUGCACCUUCCACGGCAGGCCUUCCCCUAUCAGCACAGCGCGCCGAGUGCCCUCUCCAGCAGGGGCAGCCUUUUCCUCACCGGUGAUGACGUUCAUCGCAAGGAGCACCGUAUGGGGCAUCGCGGGCGCGAGGCAUCUUGCAGCAGUACGAGGACGUCCGGUGGGGGCAAGGGUGCCGUCGGUAUACAGAAGCGUGCGAGGCCCACGUUGGCAGGGGACUAGCGCUGUGCCUCCUACCUCGGUGACUUCUUCCCCUUCUUCCUCUCCAUCACCACCACCACCCUUCCAGGCGCAAUCCUCAGAAACCAACACAACCUCGAAUACCACCUCCCCUCCACCACCACAACAACCCAAAUCCAAACCCAUCCUCCGAGCCCUCCUCUUCCUCCUAGCCACCACCGCCUGCUUCACCGCCGGCUUCACCAUGGCCUCCGCCCCCGUCCUCGCCUCAGUCAUAGAAACCGCAACGCAAUCCCUCCAACCCCCCUCGGACGCCGAAACCCUCACCCUCUUCACCCCGCCCACCGCCGACCUCGCCGAAAUCGAGCGCCAAAUCUUCUCCCACCCGCUCACGCAAUCCCUCCUCUCGGAUCCAAAAUACAUCGCCUCGCGCCCGCACCUCCGCAUCCCCGAGACGCUGCGCGCGCAAAACCUAACAGCGGGAACGCUCCUAGGCGCCAACAAGAUCGCCGUUCCCCCCUUGCAGUUCCACACCGCGGACGGGUCCGAGUUCGCCUCGUUGCAGUACCUGGGUCCCGCGCUGUGCGGACACCCGGGCGUCGUGCAUGGCGGGUUGCUCGCGACGUUGUUGGACGAGGGCCUCGCGCGGUGCUGUUUCCCCGCGCUGCCGAAUAAGAUUGCCGUGACGGCGAGUUUGAAGGUGGAUUAUAAGAGGCCGACCAUGGCGGGGCAGAUUGUGGUGCUGAGGGCGGAGACGACAAAGGUCGAGGGGAGGAAGGCAUGGGUUAAGGGGCGGUUGGAGACGUUGGCGGAUCCCGAGAGGGGUGUGGAGAGUGUGGUGUUGGCUGAGGCGGAGGCGCUGUUUAUUGAGCCCAGGGGCGCGGAGAAUAUGAAGAAGGUGAUUCCUACAUAGAGAGUGGGGUUUUUGUGGGAGGACGGGUCCUGGGGGAUUAAUGUCUCAAGAAACAUUCUACGGCUGAGCGAGCAUUGAAGCAUUGAGCGAUGUUUCCUGCGAUUGACGAGCGUAGUAUUAGACUUUCAAGAAUUCAAGACUUCUCUUUGUAAUAUCAAGAAAAGGUGCAUUCACGCGUCUUCUACUUCAAUCUCGCAACCCCUAUGGAGUGCAACAUAUUACAAAGAAGCACCGACAUGCAAUAAAGAGCUAGAAAUUAC